CUCUGCUCUCACCCCCUUGAUUUGUUCCCGUCAAGGCUCCGUCAUCACGCCUGCGACUCAACGCUUGAUUCAAAGCCAGAAAGAUUUGGGAGCCACAAGGCUAUUCAUACCCAUCGUCAGUCUUUUGCCUCUCAGCGCCAUUGAAGACAUGGGAUCCAUUAGCGACUUCCCCUCGCCGUCAAACUCGCUGUAUUAUACGUACGCGGAGUCGGAACAAUAUUCAUCAGAGUCGCAGAGUCCCAACAACUCGGUGUACGGCAUGCCAUCGGCGGGAGACAGCAGAUAUCCCAGCCCCGGGCAAGAGGAGGGGGAAUCUGCCGAGUCGGCGCAACAACAGAAGCCAGCGGCCAAGCGGAAGCGGGAGAACCGCUACAAAAACGCACCCCCUGCAGUCCUCUCGCGGCGGAGAGCGCAGAACCGCGCAUCCCAGCGCGCGUACCGCGAGCGGAAGGACCAGAGGAUAAAGGACCUCGAGCAGAUGCUCAACGACGCCAAGCAGCGCAACGAGGUGCUCAGCCAGGCCUAUGCCGCCCUCCACGCGGAGUACGUGGCGCUCAGGGCCUCGCAAAUAACCGACCCGGCUUUCCGGCACCAAGAAUACGACCUCGCGUACGGCGCCGCCCCCAACAUGGGGAUAUCGGCCGGCGUCGACGGGCUCGAUAUGGACGUGUUUGUGUACCCCGGCCUGAACACCGGGUACGUGCUCUGAGGCAGACACCUGGCGACAGCGAAUGCCACUUCGUUCGCGUAGCUCUCAACAGAGUAGCGGCGGCGGUGGCAACAGCUUGACCGGGGUUCCAGAACGACCAACUUCAGCUGCUGGGGGUGACAGGAGCAGCGCCGCUUCGCUGGUCGAUCCGGGCGCAGGCGCAA